AUGACAUCCAUUGCCCACAAGAAUCAUACCACUGAACAGAAUCAACAACCCAUGGAAAACAGCACAGAUAGUAGGCUGGAUUCAUCGUGCAAGUCGAGUCAGGGCUGGGGGCGUUCGCGAGUUCGACCGGGCUACCAGGACGGCACCCCUGCAUUAGUUGAGCCCCUCACAGAGGAACAACACCGAUCGCUCAAGUGCAUAGGUAGCCAGAGAGCUGCAAACAGGAUGGUUCGGCCAAGACGUUUCACAUAUACACGAGAAACGAAGCUUCUCGCGAUCCGUUAUUGCCGGGAGGCCAGGUCGCUAAACCUUGAAACAUCGAGAUGCUAUCCAAUUACCACGGAAGUAGCGUCUCGAAAGCUUUUUCUCAAUGAAACGAUGUUGAGACGGUGGAUGAGAGAAGAGGACCAGCUAGCCGCCAUGCCUCCUGGAUCUAAAAGAGCCGACAGACGUACUCGGGUUCAGGCAAAGACACUAGCAGGACCACAAGAAGGUACAAGGGAGACAGUACCUGGUGAUGAGGUUCCAUUCGUAGAUGGGAGCUCCGGCACCAAUCACAAAUUUUCAUAUUACCUGCAGCUAAGCCCAAGGCAGCUGAGGGAUACGUUGAGUUUAACAGCAUCUGAUCAUAGGCUCCAUACGUUCCAACACCCCGUUCCCUUUGUUGGCAUUGAAGGGGGGAGAGUGGGGAAGCUGUAUACAUUUCAAGAUGCAUAUAACUUCUUACAUUGCCAGGACAUCCUUCCCCACCCAGGCCAUCCUCUUCCCCCACCUACCGUGCCUGGCUUACAAUCAAACGAGCGACCUUCGCUGAAUAUCAACGCUGAGAGUACAUACACGAGUAAAGCAGGUGAAAGGAAGGGUUCUACCCUUAGAGUUGUCGAUGUUAAUAAGCAACUUUACGAACUUGCUCCCGAAUUUGAUAUACGAGCGCCAAGUGGUGGUUACACGGGCUCCUAUGCAUCAAUUAGACCCUGUUAUGAUGCAGUUAAGUACUGUGUUGCAUUAAUUUGCCAAAGCAUAACCACUUCAAGUAAUAAGGUGACUUCAGCCCUCCCUGUGCGCAUUGAGCUGGACUAUGAUCGUCCAUAUCCCGGAGCCCCGGCUCAGUGGGCUGUACUUCUCUCUUUCGGCGACGAAGAGCUACUAUUGCCCUUGGCAUUGUCGUUGUGGGGUCCUCAGACCAUGAAUGCAUCUAGGCCAAACAUCUUAUACCUUCAAGGAUGGACAAUUGAUCAUGGGAUCCGAAAAUCUCCACGAGAAUUCAAAGUAAAAGAGUACUACAAGAAUAUCGAAAGACUCUUCGAGGUGUUCAAGCAUAGUACUGUGCUUCACGUGAUGGACGUUGAACCGCUCUUCUUACGGGCUGAAGAACGCUGGCGCCCACGGAGAUAUACCUGCACAUGGACACUUUAUGCGACUCCAAUCCAUGCGAACUAUGCGUGCUCUAGGUUCUACAGUCCUAUCCAAGGGAGAUUUAUGGAUAUUGAACUACUAGUGGACAACAUUCACCGGUGGGGCUCGCGGGUUGUUUUUAAGAAGGAUACCACCCGAAAGCCUUUUCAGCUUCUGAGGCUAAGAGACUUUACAUUACAUCGGCCUACACCGCAACCGUGCGACCACCUCUACUCUCUGACAGAGAAGCUAGUCGAGGGUGUGAGGCCACAGGGCUUAAAGGAACCCUAUUCUGAUGGAAUGGAAGAUCUCACCACCAGUAAAAUGGUGAAAGACGGAGAAGACAUGUCUACUACGUCAUAUACUAUGCCUCAAUCACGGGAGCCUGGCAGAGGGAUUGAUGGUGCCCAUGAUGUGACAGAUUCCAUCGCUGAACCGGAGGAUUUUGCUGAUGCUACCGAUGCAGAAGCGGUGGACGAGGACAUACAACAUAGUAAUAGAGGGCAUAUGAAGAAAAGGCGUCUGAACCAGCGGUCUUCAAUGCAACGUGCAGUCCUCAAAAAUUAUUCAUUGGUUGAUUGCGAGAAAAAAUGCUUGAUCCUAACUUGUCCAUUACCACAGGAACUAUACUCUGGGUAUUGCCAGCACCACUCAUCGAGGAUCAUCCAAUAUGUGUCGUCAUUGAAGGCUAUGGGUGCUGAACUUCCAAUGCCACAAUGGGAGUUGAAACUUACGGAUGGUGCAACGACUGAUGUCAAAGCUCUCUGGACAAGUUAUCACUGGUGUCCUCAUAAUACCUGGGUCAUCGACUUUGAGUACAUCACUCUGGGUAGAGGGAUGUCUCCGAUACCACUCCAGCUUGCUAUUCGGCAGCUUGACGGCAAACUACUGUUUGCAGAGAAUGUUCACUAUGGCCUAUCUCUUGAAAAUUUCCUUGUCAAAUUAAACAGUUGGGAAAUUACGGACAGACACGUACAACUUCUAUUUACACGUUGCUAUGGUGACAUCAUGACGAAUGGAUUGAGGCCAGAUGAGAUCCAGGACGAAAUAGUCCAUAAGCUGAACUACAGUGCAGAAAGAAUUAGUAUCAUUUCAUGGUACAGUCAGCAGGAUAUGCAAUGCUUCCAAAGGUUGCUCUCAGGAAGUCGAGAGCUAAUAGUUCCUAAAGAAAGCCACCAUUUAUGCUCAAGCUUUCAGAACAUUGACGUGGGAAGACUGCUGAAGAAGCUUCUCCCUAGGGCCUGGCCCUCUCUGUCUUUGUCCGUGGUGCACAGAAGCCUUCUUGCAAGGCACGGAAGAUCCGGAGACAAGGGUGAGUAUCACACUGCAGCUUACGACACAGAGGCCGUUACAGAUAUAUUCAAAGAGAUAACAACAUUAAUAGAAGGAUUCAGCUUCUAG